CCAGUGGUUCAGGGCGUCAUGGAAACAUCAGGCCGAUUCAACGAAGCCGAAGAAGAGCGAUUGCGGAAGUGAGUACCCAUCAGUGAAGAUCUCGGGAUUCAGGAUUCAAAACCAAAUCGUUUUUGGCGUAAAAUGGCUUUCGUGUCCAACAGUGAUGAUUUAUUUGACUCCAUCAUCAUGGCCGACGACAGGUUUCAUGAUGAAGGGUAUCAGGAAGGCUUCGAGGAGGGGAUUCGUCAGGGAACCAUCGAGGGCAGAAACCACGGGCUGCUACACGGAGCCAAACUCGGUGCAGAGGUUUCUUUUUAUCAUGGAUUUGCCCUUGCAUGGAAAUGUCUCCUCCAAAACAGUAGCGAUGUGAAAGCAAGCAAGAGGCUGAAAGCUAUGGAAUCUUUGAUUAGACUGAUCCAGAACUUUCCAUAUGAGGAUCCUCAGUAUGAGAAACUUCAAGAGGACAUGGAAAGAGUGCGUGCUAAGUUCAGACAGGUGUGCUCUUUACUGAACGUUGCAACAGACUUUAAAGAAUAUGUGAGUGGAUCUACGGGAAUGUCCUUCUAAGAUGACAGGAGCCUUUCAGCAGCCUUCGGCAAACUCCGAGCGCCUUGAGGCCUCCGUGGCGCUCUUCUGCAGACAGACAGUCCCGAUGAGGGGGUUUGUGUUGCUCCCGCGCCGUGUAGACACUCUCGGCGAAUUCUGGAGCAGCUCUUUAAACCGAAUUCUGGAAAACACUGAUUGAAAGAGUUUGAGUGGUGUUUGGGAGGGGGGUUUAAAGUGAGAUCAACAGGGGCGAAAUAGCAAUGGUAGCGAUAUGAGUUAAGACAAGCCAAAGGCACGUAUACCGUCUCCAAACGUGUUAAGGAGACCCUUUUAACCCUUCUGUGUGUGGCUUUCCGCAAAGAUGACCGUAAACACCAUCUUGUGGUGAAACUUGGAGAAAGGCUCUUGCCAUUAAGUGGCACCGCCUGCUGGUAAACCGCAGGUAUCGCAAGAUUGUUAUUUGUGAAAUCAUCAGUAUUAAACUAGAUACAAGCAGCAGUUUUGAAAUAAAGGUUUGUACAUAUUACAGUUUUUAAUUCUUAAUAUGCUUUAUUGGUAACUCCAUGUCUACAAUAAGAGAAGUUGCAGAAUAAAAUAAGAUGAUGUGCAGUUA